CUGUCUAACAGGAAGUACCUUCUAAUCACUUGUGUUAUCCUUCUUAUAUAACUGUCUAUGGUGUUAGCCUUAGAGGUGUGUAACUUAAAUUUAGCAUCAACAUGCUUAACGACAGUGAGUUAGCAACGUUGCGGAAUAGAUUUAAGAGAGAUGCGGAGUUUCUUAUGCAGACAACGACAAAUGGUGACGAAGAUGAAAAAAGUCAGGAGGAAAAAGAUGCUAAACCUCUCCCUCGCAUUAACAGACACUCCAUUUUCUGGAUCGUGGCAUCUAUGGGCGUGACUUACUAUGUGGAUUUUCUCCGCAACAUAAUUGAGAACAAUGAUAUCAAAAGUUGGUGGUUCAAUGUGGGUCUGAUGCUCCUUGGGAUCUGCCUGUCUCUGGCCAUGUUUUGCAUUGUGUACCUGGAGUGGUUCAAAGGCAUCCAGCACUACGAGCAAGAGUACCCUGCCAUUCCUCCCAUCACCACUGCAGCCUUUAUUGCUGCAUCUUGCAGCUUAAACAUGGCCCUGUGGCCAGUGUGGUCCUUCUUCACUCCACUCAUCCUCUUCACACAGUUCAUGGGUGUGGUUAUGUUCAUCUCUUUGCUUGGAUGAAUGUGAUGGACGUACACCUGCAGCACAUUGAUCUAGACCCUUCUACGGAAACAACACGGCUAUUGUCUGUCUGUAUUGAUUCUUUUGGUGGGGGCAGGUCAGCAUUGUAGGAUCACUGCGGUGUGAACUGAUUGUUUAACCAUCUCCAUUUAUGAUGCGUCACUGUUGUGUUUUCCUUGAGAAACUAUCACGUCUGUGUCAAGAAAUGUGAUGCAUUGUGUUUGAGUGUUUGGCAAACAGCACUUAGGAGUGAAAUGGAUAUUUUGAGAAUAGCAGCCCUUUUUCACAGCAGACAUUUUGGCUUGUUGUAGUAGGAAAAGAUGUUCCUUAAUAACAGAUGUUACUGAUAACGUUAACGAUGGCUCUGUUCUGUUUAACUGUGUUUGAAUGA